AUGCGGAGAAAGAAAAUUGAAAAAAUUCCUUCAAACGCCGCGCCCAACCAGAACAUUCAACCAAAGCAGCAAAAAAAUCAGCAACGGCUAUCAAAAAAGCUACAAAAGCAGCUUCAAAAACAGCUAAAAAAACAACAGCUACAACAGCGGCUGCCACAACAACCACUAAAACAGCUAACAGAACAACAAAAACUAAAACAACAACCUUCACCCCAGCUAUCACAGCUUUCGCAAAAACAGCUUACACAACCACAACUACAACAGCAGCAAAUACCGAAACAAAAACUAUCAAAACAGCUAUCGAAACAGCUAUCGAAGCAACGACAUCAGCCAUCACUUAAACAAUCGCAAGAAAAUCUAAAGAAACAGCCACAACAAAAUGCCCAAAUAUCGCAACAACUGCUACCACAAAUACAGCCGACACAUGAACAGAAGCCGUAUCAAAAAAUGCAGCAACAUUCGCUACCGGACCAACAACCGUCACAACAACAGCAGCUGCCCCAACCACAGCCACCACAGACACAAUUACAUCAACAGCAUCAACAACAACAGCCACAACAGCCACCAAAUCAAUUACAUCAGCAACAGAUACGACAGCAACAACCACAAAAACAGUCACCAAAACAAAUGCCUGGAACGCUAAAACAGCUACAACAACAACAGCCACAACAACAACAGCAGCAACCACAACAGCUACAACAACAACAGCCACAACAACAACAACCACAACAACAGGCUCAAUUACAACAACAGCUGUCACCAAACCAAAAGCCUGAACCGCUAAAACAACAGUCACAACAACAGAUACAACAACAGCCACAAAAGCAACCGCACAACAACAACAACCACAACAGCAUGCUCAAUUACAACAACAGCAGUCACCAAAUCAACAGCCUGAACAUCACUUAUCAUAUGAACAGCUAA